AACAACAUCAUGAAUAAUUAAUGAGCGCCGCGCUCACCGCUGUGCUGAAGCCGCUCACGGGAUAUUCUCAAAGUGGCCGUGGACGUGACCAGCAGCGCCCAGCUGGAGCGCCGUUAAUGUGUUAAAGUAACGAUGUUAUUCUAGGUUGACUACGUUUAGGAUUUGUAUUCGAAUGCAAAGACAUUUACACCGAAGAAGCAGCAAAUUUCUUUUUUUCUUGUACACUUUUGAAACUCUUUUUAACCCCAAAGAAGUCACCUACCUGUUUCCAUUUUUUGGAAAGGAUUUAACGUUACACAGGAAAAUGAAGCCACGGAUUUUACUGACCUUCCUGACGUUUAUUGGUUCUUGUUUGUGUAAUGGAUCUGAGUUGGCUUUCCUUACGGAGCCCAGUGAUGUGAUCGCGGUACGGGACAGGCCGUUGAUGCUGGACUGCAAGGUGGAAGGCGAGGGUCCCAUCACAGUGACGUGGCAUAAGAACGGAGCGCCGUUGCUUCCUGGAGUAGGCAGUCGGGCGAAGAUCCUAUCCAACGGCACGCUCCUGAUCCGGAGCUUCCAGAAGAGACGGGAUGGAGAUGCUACCGAUGCUGGAGAGUAUUACUGCGCUGCACAGAACCACUACGGCAUGCUGGUCAGCCGCAAGGCCCGUGUGCAGCUUGCAUCUCUCCCUAAAUUCCACACUCACCCAGAGUCCAUGUCAGUAGAUGAGGGAGGUGUUGCACGUUUCCAGUGUCAGGUCAGUGGCAUUCCUGAGGCCAACAUCACUUGGGAGAAGGACCGUGUUGUGCUCGGAACCUCUGAUGACAGGUACACACUUCUCCCAAUGGGUAUUCUGCAGAUUACAGGAGUUAAGAAAUCAGACGCUGGCGUCUACCGCUGUGUCGCCACCAAUAUCGCCAACACCCGCUACAGCCAUGAAGCCUAUCUGAACGUAACCGGAGGUGUCCCUCGCACCUAUAAGGAACCAGUCAUCCUGUCCGGCCCACAGAACCUCACCAUUACAGUCCAUCAGACCGCCAUCCUGGAGUGUAUCGCCACUGGAAACCCUCGCCCGAUUGUGUCUUGGAGUAGACUUGAUGGCAGAUCCAUCGGAGUGGAGGGCAUUCAGGUGCUGGGCACGGGCAACCUGAUGAUCUCGGAUGUCUCCCUUCAGCACUCUGGAGUAUAUGUGUGUGCUGCCAACCGGCCUGGCACCAGGAUGAGGCGUACCGCACUGGGCAGGCUGGUAGUGCAAGCUCCUCCAGAGUUCAUUCAGUGGCCGCAGUCUGUGUCUAAGCCAGCAGGGGGCAGUGCUGUGUUCACAUGUGUGGCUCAGGGUGUUCCUGAACCUCACAUCAUAUGGCUGAAGAAUGGAAAGAUACUCACGCCUGGUGACAAUGUGAAACUCACUAACAAUAACAGCACCCUGGCCGUGACUCGCAUCACAUCAGAGGAUGAGGCCAUAUACCAGUGCAUCGCUGAAAACUCUGCUGGCACUAACCAGGCCAGUGCUCGACUGGCUGUGUCCCUGGCCAAAGAGCUGCCCGAUUCCCCUCAGGGCCUGAAAGCCACGGCUCUAUCUAAAACCACCCUGCAGCUCUCCUGGACCCAGCCGCCGGCCGAAAUCACAGACGGGAUAAUUGGAUACGUGCUGCACAUCCGCAAGUAUGGCGAGCCUGAGAGUAAAGAGCUACAGGAGGCCGUGAGUAAGACAACAUUUCAGCAUGACCUCACAAACCUUGAACCUGCGACCACCUACUCCAUCUACCUGAAGGCCUACUCUCCUCUGGGUGCCAGUGAACGGUCCAGCACUGUUGUUUCCACAACACUAGGGGGCGUGCCCAGUCCACCUACAUUUUUCACCAAAGCAAUAAACAGCACAGCAGUCCAGGUCCUAUGGGAGCUGCCCAGUAAGCCUGGGAAAACGGAGGGUUUCCGACUGUCAUACCGCAGGGUCCCCCACGGAGAGAUCCAGGGGCCGAUUCAGCUGCCAUGCCAUGUUAACGCUCACACCUUCUCUCGUCUCGACCCCGGCUCUGUGUAUGAAGUCAAACUGGUGGCCUACAAUGGCAAUGGAGAGAGUGACUGUUCAAAGAAACUCGUGUCACUGGCUGAGGACGGAACAAGUGCUAAAACCAGAGCGGGAGAGGAAACUCACUGUAACUGCAGGGGUGUGGAGAGCUCGAUCAGCAGUAUUGUGGUUGGCAUCCACAUUGGCAUGGCCUGCAUCAUUUUCUGCGUGCUCUUCCUCAUGUUCGGAUAUCGGCGCAGUUUCCUCUGUAGGAAAGGGACUCAGGACAGCUGGUCUGUGCCACAGGGCGAAGAUGGAGGGCACCAUUCUCAGAGCAACGGCAUCCCAAAAGAGGGAGUAACACGGCCUGCUCAAGGCAUUGAGUUAGUUCCUCAGGGUCCUAAUAUAGAUCGCCAGACCCAAUGCCAGGUUCUUAUCGAGCAGCACUCGUCCAGUCUGCCAGGCUCAGGCACGGGCACUGGCUAGCACUAGCCUCAGUGAUCUCACUCUUUGUGGUUCCUCUGCCUAGCCUGUCCACCAAAGUCCCCUUUAAUCCAUAUUUACCUUGCCCUGGCUGUCACCUAAACUGCUGCUAGUGUUAAAGGGUGUAAAUUAACUACAAAAAUGCGUAUAGAGUUUUGCUGGUUUAAGUUAGCCUGUCCCAUUUGUUUCUUUGCUUCCUCCCUUCAGAAACCAAAGCAUGACUCUUUUAAGAUCUGCACAAGAACACCAAAUGAUAGCCUUAGGAAAUACUUUACACGGUUUUUAAUGCAUGCUAAGUUACAUAUAGUUUUACGGCACUCUUUCUGAGCCUAAAUACACAAUGGAAGCAAAACAAAACAAAACGUGAUACCAAAACAACUUUAUAUUUUAUUACCAAAGGGCUUUCUGCUAAAACCAAAACUUCCUUUUGCAAUGCGUCCUUUGGUAAUAAAACGUAGCCUAACGUUGUGUCCGAACUGAUGCCGGAUAUAAAGACCAAACGAUAUUUCUCUUCAAACUCUUACGUAAGAUUCAGCGAACUACAUGAUUUACAAAACAAGCUAUAUUCUCAGUUGAUUACAGGGAACAGAGGUUUGUUCCAUUUGUUAGCCUUAGCUCGGAUAUAUACCAAGAUUAAUAACGUGGCCUUGCUUUUGCCUUCGCUUGUGGUUGUGCGAGUUCAAAUAAAUUGAUUGUUAUAUGUUUCACCGUACAUGCCUCGAGGCAGGCUACCCCAGAGGAACCAUAAAGGUGAUGGAUUCUUCCCAGCUUUCCCGCUUUCCUAUCUUUCGUAACACCCACCAAAAGCUGUAUACCUCCAAAGAUAGCUACCUCAGAAUGUUAUUUUGGGCUAACAUUAGUCCCUGCUGAUAAAGCACGCCUACCUCAGCCAAAAAAUGUCCAGAUACCCGCUACUCUUCCCACUGCCAGUGCCUGUGCCAUCUGCCUCCAGAACCUGUAUUCAGGUGCCCAUCUGGUCGACUGCCAUGGAGAGUGUGACCUUGGCUGCUCCAAAUAUUGCCUUAGCAGACAAAAGCUGUCUGGGAACCCCUCCCUACCUCAUCAUCGUCCAGAGAUGUGUACACAACCAUUACUUCAAAAACACCUUUGAUGCGAUUCUUUCUAAGUGCAUCGUACGUUUUGGAUAUGAUGAUUUGGAUCCUGUCAAGCCAUCCCGAAGGAUUCCUCUCUGAUGCUGCUAAACUCCAAAGAAAAUGAUGAAAGAGCAGGAAGAGAGAGGGAUUCGUUUUGUUCGGAGAAUGCGAUAUGAAGUUUGCAUGGAAAGUGUGGACCCUUGAGGAUAUUUUUGGGCCUUUCCAUGUGGAUACCUUUUCCGUUUAACCAAAAGCUUAGGCUACUUUGCUUCCCACCAAGGAAUAUGGAUGUUUAUCCAAAGUGUUUCUUUUCAGCCAAACCAACUGGUCUUUUCUCCAGAUGCCAAAUCGGUUGCCAUGGGAACUUGAAGGAGCUGCGAGAUGAUGGUUGAUUUUGGGUUUACUGAGAAACCGACGCAUUCUCUCUCUUCCCCCAAACGAACAGGCAUGGCAGCAGAUUAUCCAAAAAUGUUUUUGAUAUGAAAACCAAGCUUUAUGAUAUCCAAAGAUGUACAAUUUUUAAGGUUUUCAUUUGUCUUUAUACUCAUUUCCUAAGCCAUUGUGUUGAGGCUUUUACAGUUCAUGUUAAAAGGGGAAGCUGCGAUAAAAUGUACUUUAUUAAUAACAAACCUAUUCACACAAAUAUCUGCAACAACACUCUUAAAAAAGGGGUUUUUUUGGUUCCUCAAAGAACCUUCUUAAAAAAACAUUAUUUUCUUAAUAUGAAGAACUUUUUAAUAAUCUAAAGAACCUUUUUCUACUAUAAAGAACCUUUAGUGGAAUGGAAAGAUUCUUUGGAUGUUAAAACUUCUUCACGGAACCAUCGAGGUCAAUAAAGAACCUUCAUUUUUAAAAGUGAAUAACACGCUUUAAUAGUCAAAUUUCACAUCUUCCCUCUUUUGACAUUGAACUGUCGGAUUUUUGUUUGAAAACCUUUUAACACUGAAUUAAUAACCAAAUGAAAAUGGGAUAUAUUUUCAAGGAGAUUUUAUAUGUUGAUAUAAGAGAAGGAACAUUUGUGUCCUCUUUAUGAUAAUAGAGUUGAACUUGCCAAAUAGUAGAAUGAUAAUGCCAAAUACCUCUUUCAUAUUUUACAUUUGUAACCUUUAUAUUUUGUUCAUAACCUAAGCACAGGAACAUACGAGAGUGUACGGUAUAUGUAUGUAAAUGUGUGUUUUGUGAUUGGCUAAAGGCCUGUUCACACCAAGAACUAUAACUAUAAAGAUAAUCAUAACGAUAACUAUAUUUGCGUCCACACCGACGAACGAUAACGGUCCGUUUAUUCUAAGCUCACGCGCUGCGGUUUCAAAGUGUUUUUGCUAUUCUUGUUGCAUUUACACGGCUUUAACCAGCAGAUGUCCUCAGUAUGCUGUUUCGAGUGAAUAGCUAGUGUAAUCGAUCUGAUCUAUCAGUAAAUUUAGCUGACAAACUCAAUAUAGUGAAAUAAAAACAACGCCUAGACUUUUUCAACUUCAAAGGAAGCAAGACAAUGUUGUUGAAACUAGCGCUGGAUACCUGAGGUCAUUUUUUACGUUACACUGUUUGCUAGCCUGGCAUAAUGAUCUCAUCGUUAAUACUUCUCACCGUUUAUUCCGAGGGUAUGACCGAUUGUUUUCCACAUAUCCAUUUUCUUUAAAGUAUCCUUGAAAAGAGGGGUUUGACUUGUCAAAAAAUUGUGGCUUUUUCUGGACAUCGGCAGUUAACUUGUCAUCAACCAUUUUAAAUACGUGAGCGCUUAAAUUAGAAUGGAUUCUGAUUGGCUGUUCGUUUUUAUCGUUCAACAUCAGGAAAAAAAUCGUUCUGAAAGUCAUUCCAACAAUAUCGUUUCUCUAUAUCGUUAUCUUAUGGUGUGGACAGUGCUAUCCUUUUAUAUUUAUAUAUCUUUAUUGUUAUCUUUAUAGUUAUCGUUCUUGGUGUGAACGGGCCUUAACCGUAGGUCAAACCUGAGGUCAGUAGAGGUCAAAGAUACACUAUCAAAAAGAGUCAAGGGAACUAUGUCUAUACAGUAACAUAUGAAUGGAACCAAAGAACUUGUCUUUUUCACUGAUACGUAUCAAGAAAGCAAAUGACGUUCUGUGAUGAUCUAACCAAGAAUAUCAUCCUUUAAAAUUGCUUUCCUAAAGACGCUCUACUCUACUUCAGGUUGACAUUUUGAACACAAUGAGUGUGAAACGUUUACCCACAAUCACUGCAGUUCAAAACAGCCCUUCCAUAGACUAAAACUCCCAUCCUUAUGUUGAAUUUGAAAGAACUGAAAUGUUUCGAGAAAGAAAAAUGGGAGGAUUUUAGAUUCGUAGCUGUAUAGCGUGAUUCAUAUAGUGGGAAACAUUAGAUUACUCAUAUUUUAAACAAUAUUUGGUUCUUUUUGUAGAACUUUUUUUCUACUCUCUUUCACAAAGUUGUCAUGGUACCUACCUUGGUUUGGAAAGAUGUCCAUUUUUGUAAUGUUAUUAUUAUUAUUAUUAUUAAUAUUUUAAUUAUUGUUAUUGCUUUUUUAUACGUCCAUUUUGAUAAACGCCUGUUUUCAUUUUUCAUUUCUCUGUAGCUGACAAAGGAGAAUGUGAAAGUGUUUGUUAGGAAUCUAAAAAAUCAGUGGGUCAAAAGCAGCAGGUCGGCAAAGAUGCGAUUUGGGAUUCACAAUGUCUAUUUGCCUAUAUAUUCUACACUUCAAUUUGGGUAAAUCACCCUUAUGUUAAUGUGCAGAUACCAAAUGCACCUUUAUAAACAUUUCAAACAGCAAAAUAGCACACAUAGGGUGAAUUCAGCUUGAUUGGGACACUUUUCCAAGUCAUCUCAAUGGCAAAAUAUGUCCCAAUCACCCUGAAUUCACCCCUAAGAGAGUGAAUCAGCCAUCUGUUUGGAUUAUGACCCAAUGGUUAGAAAAAAAGAGAAAAAAAAAUAGUACUAGAGUUUGAGGGCUAGAACCAACGAGGAAAAACAAUGCUUUAACAUGUAUUUUCUUUUGAGUUAUUUGAACCUGAAAACACAAAAGCUUUAAACGCUUUGAGACUGUGAUGUCUCCAACCAAAAAGAUUAAAGACAGAGAUUGGUGUCCAGUGAAUGGACAAUAACAGAGCCACCAUAAACAGAGGGACCAAGCGAUGAAUGCACAAUAGAAAUUAACCAUGGUUGUUUUUUUGCAUAUGUUCUACAGCAGAUUGUUAAUGGCUUAAUAUACAGAUGCAGCCUCUGAAUCAAUCUGUUUGCAGAAUGAAAUUAAUAUGCCAGAGAUGAGUUCAUAAACACACAUUUAUCAUGUUUCUACAGCAUUUCUCUAAUUGGCACAUAGGUCGUUACCAGUUUACAAAAUGUCAAGAUCCUUCAAUUUACUUCACGCUCCUUCCAGUAUUGCAUCAUUAUAUAUAUAGUGUGAUUGAAUUCUCAAGAAUGGGCUUCGAUGAAUUCCUUUCCUGUCUGGAGAGAUAAUGAUGUCUGCCAUUACCUAGCUACCAAUGGGAAUGUCUUUAAAAUGCUCCAAGAUUCCAUUGCUGAACUCUCUCUUAAUUAAGGUGACUAUUGUAAUAGCACAGUCUCUGAUCUCUGCUUUUCCUAAUUUGUUCAAAUUCCAGGGCGCCUGAAACCAAAUAAAAACAUAGAACAAGAAUACGUUUGUGUGGUUACUUUUCAAAUGGACGUAGUGACAUAUAGAGUUGACUGUAAAAUAUUGCUUUUAUUGAUCUAAAC